AUGGCGAUCUCUUCCUCAUCCGGCUCCAACUUCAUCGACUAUCCUCCUUCCCCUUCUUCUUCAAGCUCCUCCGCCUCCUCCCUUGACUCUAUUUCUGAGAGCCGGGAACCGACGCCGGAGUACGACCCGAUGGCGGCGUACGAGGAGGAACCGGAGAGCGGCAGUGACGAGGGCUUCUCCUGGGAUGGAGCCGAUUCCUCCUCGGAAGAGGAGAUCGGCUCCUCCUCUAGCGACGACGACCUGACGGAUGGGAACAACUUCCUGUUCCUCGGGUCCUCCGAAGAGGACAGUGAAGAAGAACGCAGCGGCGGUGGCGGUCGGAGCAGCGACGCCGAGACCGGUGGCGGCAGCAACGCCGCCAACGACGACAACGACAGCGACGGCGACGACAACAACGACGGCGGAGAUGCACAGGCGCGAAGCCCAAAGCGCCGUAGAGAUGCGAUCCUGGAUGAGGGCGUGGAGGUUGAGAGCCACUCAGUCUCCCAAUCAGGGUUGGAGAAACCCCCAAGCACUCCAGAUAUGAGUUCUCAAGAUGCGGAGGCGAUGGCCAACUCCAUGCUUCGGGAUUCUCCUUUGCCCAAUCCUGAGAGAGCCAAUGAGGAGAUCCCAGAGGAUGGUGGAAGCGGCAAGCUUCUAGAAGGGGGAGAAGGCGAGAAACUUCUUGAGGGAGGCAAUGAUAAGCAGCCCGAGAUGACCCCUACAGGGAAUACUGUAGGGAGAAUUGGAGAUGUGCCCAAAAGGGCUGUGGCUAAGGUGUUGGCGAGUACUUCCCAGGUCACAUCGGGAAGUGUCUUGCAACGAGAGAAGGUAGAGCUUGCUGUCAAGCUGCUAGAGGAGGCACUGGAACAGGAUCGUAGCCAGUCCCAAGAUGAGGCAGAGCUGAAUGCUCUGAGAGAGAGGGUUAAGACGCUCUCGUCUGAGAAGACUGCUCUUGAGGGAAAGCUGAAGAGUCUCUCCUAG